AUGCUUCACGAGAUUCUCCUCUCCCUCUCCGGCCAGCCAUCCCCCCUCUUCAGUCCUCCACAAGGGAAAGACGCUCUCGAUCAAGAUGAUCUCGCCCUUCUCUCUCCUCCGGAGAAAGCACUCCUCGGAUCAGUUGCCCACCUAAGCCAACUCCACGCGCAAUUACGAUACCACACCUCCCAGAUAUCCUCCUCUCAUGGCUCCGUGAUUUGUCGCUCCGUCUCCACGACUAUCGCUACGGCGCACCUGGGUGAAUUCCAAAAGAAGAUCCUCGAAGUGGAAAAAGCAAUUCUCGCCGAAGAUAGCGGAUUCGUGGGCGGGUACGGUAUUGUCCCAUUGUCAACACUGGUCGGAGAAUUUGCUCCUUGGACGCGACGCAUGGAGUGGCUAUGGGAAAUCGCCAAGUUCAUCUUGCCAGAGAAGCCAACCGCGAUGCGCUCGUAUGGGUGCUCGGGGGCGGGGUUGAUCGACCAUCUGCGGGCUGAAACCCAAACUGGGUACCUCGACAUCAAGGAGAUGGCGGUACAGCUAGUGACUGCAGCGGAAACGGCAUGGAUGAAACAGCUGUCCAUGUGGCUGCUUUACGGGAACCUGCCCAUGUAUGGGAAAGAGGACUUUUUCAUCCACGAGGACGAAGCCGAGGAUGAUGAUAGCCAGUUCAGCAUGAAACCGAACCUACGCCCGAAAUUCGUCUCCGUGCAAACGGCAGGGUCGAUUCUCUUCAUCGGGAAGUCCCUGAAUCAUAUCCGUGCGAAGAAGAAAACACCCGGACGGAUCUCGAUGGCGCCGGUGACGCUGUACCAGGAGCACAUCGAGCACUUAGCGGGCUUGAAAUCACCCAUCUCGGCCUCGAAGCUCUCUACAGCGGUGGACUGGAUUCGACUUUCGCUGUCCCAAUCCACAUUAUCUAAGCUGCUUCCGCUUCCCAAGAUUCUGGAGAUGCUCGAACUACUCCACAAUUUCCUGCUGCUGGGACGGGGUGAAUUUGCUGUGGCAUUGGUCGCGCAUGCAGAUUCCCGCAUGGAAGAAAGUCGACGACGAGGGGCUCGCGGUCAAGCGCCUGGGGCGUUGCAAAGUUACCUAGUCAAAGAGGGAGACGUGAUGAGUGCACUGGCCCAGGCUUGGGCAGAGCUUUUUUCUCUACAAAAGGAAGAAGACCCGGCAGAUGAGGAGCUCGAGCUGGCUCGGGAAAUCCUUCGGUUAUCGAUCAGCGAGCGAAAGAGUGGUCGUGCAGCGACCCCGCCGCAGGGAUUAGGAGUGGUGCCUGAGAUUUCCACGGUCUCGUUCGAAGAUCUGCUAUUCCCCACUCCCACGAGUCUGACAGCGCAAGUCCGCGCUCCACUUGACUUGUUCCUCUCCGGUUCGGACAUCGCCAUCUACUCCAAGAUCCAUUCAUACCUGCUGGGAAUCCGACGAGCCCAGAUCCGCCUCGGAGAUCUAUGGAAGCGAACCUCACUACGAAGGAACCAUCCCUCGCCAUGGGGCCCGCCACGAAGUAACAGUGCGUUCGGUCAAAAUAAGCUCAAAGAGAGUCGGGAGAGGGAUAAUGCGCGGAUCCGCCACAUGCGACCGGUUUGGGCAACGGGCAGUGCUUGCCUUUUUGUUCUCUCGGAGAUCGGCACGUUUUUCCAAGGGGAAGUCAUUCAUGAGUCCUGUCAGCACCUACGCGAAUGGGUUCAAGGGAUCCCCGAAUCCACAUCGGCCCCUGGAUCUCGACCAGGGACUGCAUCUUCCUCCAAACCGCCCCAGAAUCCGCGAGCUGCCACGCCGGACCGAACUUCGAGCCGACCGUCCUCGCAGUCAGGACCGUCCUUGGUGCGGCAUGACCCCGAGGCUCUGACCGUAGCCCACCGUCGCCACCUGUCAAGCCUUGUGAAAUCUUUGUUCCUGACGGAAGUGUCAUUCACCUCCGCACUGCGGGCCCUUCUGACAAGUGUGGACAUCUUCGUGGCGCUCACAAUCCGCCUUGAGACAAUUCAACGUAAUAUGGAUCUCGAAACCGACGAAGGAGUGGUAGACGCUCUGGUCGACUACGCGCAGGAGGAACAGGAAGUUUGGCAGGAACUACGAGUUACGGGCGACAACGUGCAGAGCGGUAUGAAGGAUCUCGUCGCGAGCCUACGUGAAAUCGACGAUAGUCGAUCGGGAGGAGAGAGUCUCGGGACUGCCACAACGGGACAAUCGGGGACGGGGCCGAGCACGGGCCCCGGGUUCCGCCACUACGUUCCGCGCCAACCAGCGGGCGUGGAUCGACUGCUAAUGAAGCUGGACUUCGGCAGCCUGCGUGGCGCGGCGAUUACGGGCCUGGCAUUGGAGUAG